UUGUGUGGCGGGAAGGAAGGUGGGGGUGGGGAGGGAUGCCGAUCAGGUAGGGAUGCGCUGGCCGAGAAGAAAGUAACAACCCACCCCAAACUUUCGCAGAUCAGGCGGCCUUGGAAGGGAGAGGCAAUCGGGAGCAGCCGUGCCCCUCCCGACACCCACCCGGUGUGACUAGCUGUAGAGAGGAGGGGCCUCGAGCCCAUCAGGCUGGACAGUCCCCACGUCGCGCCCACCCUGCUGCCAAAACGCAUCUGCUCGGGGCACAGAGCGCAGGACCACAGAGGCAGACACGCCGUGCCUGUGGAGCCUUAGCAGCGCGCUCCUUUGAAGGGACAUUCUACGUGCAUCAGGAAAGGAGAAGGGACACUGGACGCAACAGCUUCGCUCAGCCCAGAGGGGUGACGGGGUCCUGCCCUUGCACACCCAGGCAAGAGCCACCACUGGCUUGGGAGCUGAGCGAAGAAAAAUCUAGGGAUUUGGAGAAGUCGGAUUCAAAAGAAAUGUCGAAAGAUAUCCAGGGCAGCCACCGGAGUCCGGAAGCUUAAUAGCCACCGGGUCACCGUGACCCCGGGAACGACAGUGACUGACAAGCGCACAGACCAGGCACCCGCCAUCAUCUACGGGUCUGCCCGCCGGAGCCGCCUCCACGGCGUGGGACCCGGGUGCAGACGUCCACGGAGGCGGCCAGAAAGCGACAUGCAGCGUGUAUUCCCCGGACUGCCCCAGCUGGGGAACCUCCUGGGCGUCGCGGCGCGACGGUGACCCGCGCGGGUGCGAGGGGUGUGCCCGGCCCCGCCUGCGGGCCCCUCCCCGCGGUGGCGGCGCAUCCAGGGGCGGCGCGGAGCCGAGCCGCUCGCCCAAGCCGCCAGUGCCCGCGAGCGCCGCGCCUGCUCGGGGAAUCCACUUCGCUGCUAGACGCUCCUCGUUCACUCUCGCUCUCUCCCGGGCUGCUUCCUAUGGCUUUGACUCUGCGGCCGGAGCCUAACCACUGACGGAGAAACUUUUCCUGCCGUUUCUUCUCCCCACCCCCUUCCAAAAGAGGAUUAAAAGUUGCAAGAACUGGUGCGGCCCGUGUCACUUGGGUACUCGCCGGCGAGUUCCGAGUCUCAGCCAUGUGCACCAACAUAGUUUACGAGUGGCUGAAAGCGUUACAGCUCCCUCAGUACGCUGAGUCCUUCGUGGAUAACGGCUACGAUGACCUGGAAGUGUGCAAGCAGAUCGGAGACCCGGACCUGGACGCCAUCGGGGUGCUGGCUCCUGCGCACCGCCGGCGCAUCCUGGAGGCUGUGCACCGGCUGCGGGAACAGGACGCGGCCGCGGCUGGCCUCUACUUCACACUCGAACCCCAGCCCGUGCCACCCGCACCGCUGGUGGAAGCGGUGCCCCCAGGCCGCCGGGGGGAGCCAUGUGGCGGCUCAGCCCAGGGCACUCGCGGGGACCCCCGUGGCCAGCCGAGCGCUCCCCGCAGCAGAGAGCUGGUGAGCUACCCUAAACUGAAGCUGAAGAUCAUGAUCCGGGAUAAGCUGGUCCGCGAUGGCAUCCACCUGAGCAAACCCCCAUACUCGCGCAAGGUAAGUGGUAUUUCUUCUUCAUUGCUUUGGGGAGUAUUGAUCCGUCAUCUGGUAAGUGUUUGCUUUGUUGUGGGACCUGGUAUUACAUGGGAAGGUGCCUGUAAGAACCAAAGACAAAGUGGAAAGCACAACUUGUUUUAGUUGUGAUGUUGUUAAGUAUAUCUUGGAGUGAUUUUUGUCGGAGGAGGAAUAAUUCUUUGCCAUUGUCAUGCACUUUGUUCUUAUUUCUGGAAGAAGGCCUAAUGGCUGAUUGAGUGUUGAUGAAAUUUGCCUUUCAGACAUUCUUUUUAUAUGGAUUUUCUUUUCCUUGUUAUUAUUUACUUUAGCUUCUUUCCAUUGUCAUUCAGCUUUUCUAAAUGCCUCCUAUUCUCUGAUUAUUAUAAAACCAUAAAACUCCAGAGAGAGGUAUUUUGUUGAAGAUUUUGCUACUUAUGUGAGCCAUGUUGUUCUGUUACAGUGACUGUGUUCCUCUCUCUUUCUCUUUCAUCCUCUGGUCUUCUCCCCCCAUACACAAUGAUUUUAUCUGUACAGUAUUAGGGGACUAGAGGUUACUACCCCCCCAUCAUUAAGGUCUUCUGUAUUACAAAAUUUUUAUUAAGGUCCAAAGUCUGGUAUGCUCUUAUCUCUCAUGUACACAUUGUGCUAUGGAUUUCUUUCUACAAGGUAAGGACAGUAAUGGGCAUCAUUCUAGGUAAUGCUAUUAACACUGAGGAUUCUACUUUAAAAGAACAACUGUGGAAUAAUAUAGAAAGGAAAUAAGAAAAAAAACAGUGCUUUGACUCAUACACAUCAUAGGAGAACAUAAAUGACGCAUGCAACGUACGGAGGUUUUGCUUUGUUUCUGAUAGUUGAGUCUUUCACCUUUUAGAGAUGACCUGGAAAAUGCUGUCAGCAUUGUUCUCUGAUUGAAGUAGAGAGAGAGAGAGUCACAUACAUGGGACUUUCUUACAGUAUUUGUUCAGGUCAUUGGUUCUGGUAGACACAGUCGCUCUUUGAAGCGCUAGACACAGCAAGGUUAUAUAGGAGAAUCUGCUCCUUCGUAUUCCUCAUCCAAAACAAACAAAACAACUCUGCACUUGCAUUAAUUAAUUAACCUGAUAUCUAUGUAGGAUUUGGGGCUAUUGUUUGUUUUUCUUGAACAGACUUUCAUUGAAAUGUUUAGUGCUGUCUCACUUAGUGCUAGCUUGGUUUCUGCAGAGGAUUUUUCUAUAAUCAGCACUUAAAAUAUGUUUUACUUGUGUUUAUGUGUGUUUAAUAGGAUGUGUUUGAAGAAGCGUCCCCAGAGGUCACCUAAGUUGUUCUUGACAUGUUCAAAAGACUACAGAUGUUGCUUUAAAUAACCUGUAAUGGGAUUCUGAGCCCCUGCUGUUUCCUGUGUUGCAGUAGAAUUUUUCUAUUAAAGAUUCUGGAUUAAAGAGAUCAGAAAACAGGAGACAAAAAGACAGAAAGGUGAACGGGGUUAGAUUUCAAACUUGCAUAGGCUUUCCCAGGGACUUUGAAGCCUACCAGAGCCCCCACAGACAUGUGAACCAAGAUGUUAUUUGAACAGCUUGCUCAACAAUGGGCUGGACGGCGAAGCACACUUUAAAUUGACAAAGUUAGCCCUUGUGGGUAGUUUUUAUUCUUUGCCUUUGACCUUAUUGGAUGCCAUAAAUGAAAUAUGGCGGUGUGGGUUUGAAAAGGCCAGGGGCUACAUAUUUAUACCACUCUACUGACGGAGAGGAAAAACCAAGGCAUGAGCAAACAUAGUGUGUUUAACUCCAUCCAUUUAACUCAGGCAACAGUAACACAAAGAUGCGAUGUUUCUAAUCUGUAACUCUGUUUGGGUAUGAGAUCUCCCAUUGUUAUUUUUAAAUUCUUUUCCUUUGAUUCAGGUAAGCCAUGCAGAAAGGUCAGAUCUGAUGAGGCAGCUUGACUUUAUGUUCACUGUAAAAGGAACUGGAAAAUACUUAAUGUGAGGGAGUCUAUUUUUAAUGUAGAUUUCAUGAUUUAUUCCAUGCUGUUUCUGUUAUGAAUGUCUUCCACUUUGCAAUCAGAUGUAGUAGAGUCUCUGCCUGUGAGCUCAUUUCAGAUAUCCUUAUUUGUCAUACUAGAAAAUGCCAUUGUAGCCAUCUACAUUUAAUGACCAUGCCAGAUUUCUACAUGAUUAUCUGAGUGAUAGUUGUACAACGGUGCUUUCUACAUUGCUUGAAAAUUCAUGUGCGAUACCAUUAACUAAGAGAUAUUAUAAUUCUUCAACAUUAAAAUUUUAAUUAUAUUACAUUCAUUUUGCUACAAAGCAUUCAUCAUAUAAUCCAAAUAUGACCAAGUGCACUGAAAAAUUGUUCUGAAUCAUGGGGCUUUGUGAUUAAUCUCUUUCUUUAGUGACUAUGUCCAUACUGAAAUCACAAUGAGGACUGCCGUAUACCCUUGACCUUAUGAAACUAUAAUCCCAAAGAAGAGGUCAUGGAAAUGCCAAACUUAAAAAUGGAGAUGAUCACAAUGUAAGACGCAUGGUGUAGAAACCAGAUGUCUUUGAAGAACUUGAGGAUAGGGGUUGUUAAAAUGUGCAUAUUGUUCAUGGUGUAGGAAAAAAAACUGCAGCUUGUUUCUAGAGCUGAUCUGAUCUUAGUGAACUCUCAUCAUAUCAAAUAGAAGAAUCUGAAUUUACUGAUGAGUUAAUCUCUCUCUCUGACUUAAAUGGUCUUCUUCAAUUACGAAUAAAUAAAAAAAAAUACAGAAGUUCAGCCCCUUUAAAGGCUCUGACUGAGAGAAUCAGUUGUUCACCUAUAGCUCCCAUGACAGGCUGGUUAGAUACAUGAGGCGGCUGGAAGUGCUAUCUCGUGGUGACUUGCUGGGUCAUACAUCCACACUGUGGAGACCUCCCUGAACUAGGAUAAGGUUUGCAUGUACAUCCCAGACUCCUGGAGCAAACUGUGGUUUUACCUCUCUUCCCUUGAUAUGCCCUCCUAAGAUCUAGCUUGCUUGCAUUUGUCCUCCAGCUGGCAAAAUCAUCCUGCACUCUCACUACAGGGAACAGUAGACUGGAGAGUCCCAGCUAGUAUGGAUGAGACACGGAAGUUGAGGACAUUCCCUCAGAGCAUCUCAAUUAGAUUAGCAUGGGAUUGUGAGAGCUUUUUGGUUCCCUGCUGCACCCACCCAACUGGACAUCCUGAAACCCUUUGAAACACUCUACCCCAAAUCCCCUAAAAGAUACAGAAUGCAAAAUAUCUUACCUUCAACUCAGUGUAACACUCUUGUUACUGAAAUUAUAAAGUAGGGCAAGAAGAUAAAAAUAGAGUCUCCACUCCUUCUUCAGGGUUUUUGUCUUUUCAUGGUCCUUUGGGACUAGUCUACUCUGUAUCUCUAUCUGUCUGUCUAUCUAUCUAUCUAUCUAUCUAUCUAUCUAUCUACCUACCUACCUACCUACCUAUCCAUCAUCUGUCUGUCUGUCUAGUUAUUCAUCUAUUUUUUUCAUUAUAUUCUUAGUUCUCUCUACUCCCUAGUACAUGGUAAAUUCCAAGAACUAGUAGUCAACUUGGAUUUAUUCCAAAGAAAAGCAAAUAAAACUUUAACAUAUUCUUUUCUCAUCCGUCCUGACCUUCAUAAUUAUGGCCUUAACUCAAAGACUGUAUUUCUUCAUCAAAGGCUGAUUACAGACACUUUCUCCCCCACCUUCUCCCUCCCUUCAUCGUUCCAUUUAUUUUCACUAACAUAACCCUAAAGCCCUCUUUAUACAAGGCAGGCCACUGCCUUGGGCUCCUAAGUGAUCAAUUCAUUAACACAGAAAUUGAGAGGAAAAUACAUUGAAAUGUGUCAGGAUCUAUUCAGAGAGAUUGUGCCUCUGAUCAGCUAAUGUGGGGCUAACUAACACAGGCUAAUGUGGGGACUGUAGAGAAAGACUCUAUGGGCAUUAAGGGAAAGAUGGAUGAUUAACAAGACAUUCUUUCAUAGUCAACUACAUUUCAAAAGUGAAAUGGCAAAGCAGUAGUUCAAUAGGUUUUCUGAGAGUUACAAACCAGUUGUAUUUGGGAGUCACUGUAUAGCAUGUGUCCCUCUUUGAGGAACUACAAUAUGCUAACAUACUAGCAUUCAUAUAAUUCCUGAUAUACUGACAUGCAACUGGCACCAUUUUACCCAUGUGGGAUAAAUUUGUGUUAAUACCUGGUUACUUAGAGAAACCACAAUGAAAGCUGCUGGUAAACUCAUAAUGAGCCAGGGAGAGUUAUUGAGGUCCUACAAAGAACUUAUUGGCCCUAAAAUUGCUCCUACAAAUGAUAUUCUUGUUAAGGACCUACUAUGUAAAGGACUUGGCAAAAAGAUAGAGGAUGAGGCAUUUUUGACAAUAUGGAGUUUCUCAAAAUUCCUGGCUUCCUACCUAAGAGGUAUGAAAUAUCAGCUGUAUUCACUAUCUGUAGGCUCACUACUCUAGACAUGGUGUGGCAUGGGAGAGUGGAAGCAUUAAAUGAGGCAGACUGAAGUCUCAUGCACUAGUCACCUUUAUUCAGAUAACCUCACAUUUUAUACUCUGACAGUUAAGAGGAGUCACAUGAGUAAAGUGUCCAAUCCAAAGGGCUAGCCACACAUAGUGGACAACCCACAUAUCGUGGACAAGCGGCAUUGGCUGGAUACGUCACAUAUGGCAAAAACAUCUUUUUCUAUAGUGGUAAGUUCACUCCUAUCUGCUGCACCUGGGAGGAACACAAAAACACAUUCCAAAAUCGAUUCGUUGUUCAGAAGAAAUUGAGGUCACAAAACUUGUGUUUUCUUGGAGUUUUCUCACCUGCAGUCAGAAUUCUCCUUAUAUGACUCCAUUCUUGGACUGUGUCCCGAUACCUGUUCACUACCUGUUCCUCCCAUACAAUUGUCUGUUUCUGCAUUUCCUUUUCUAAGUCAGCCUAAUAAUUAAUGGUAAUGUCUCUCAAUUAUAUUCCACAGUUUGAACAUAACAUCAAGACAUUACAAAAUACUUAUUCAUGUUAAUAUUGCUUAAACUAACUCUUCUGGUGAUCUUCCAAAAGACUUGCAUGAACUAACACGCAGGGAAGCCCUACCUUUCAUCUUAUAAUGGAAUAUCUCCUUUUAAAAUUGAAAAUGUUAUAACUCUUCAUGCUAAUCAUGAUGGAAUGCCUCAGAGGACUUUUUAAUUAUAUUUUUUCGGGCUUGACCAAUUUUAUGUUUUAAUUUCUCCCUCCUUCCUUUCAUAUAGUCUUCUUUUGUGCACUUUUCUCUUCACUGAGCAUGCUCCUCAGUGAGCCCUCUAGCAUAUUUAAAAUAUCCUGCAGUUAGGGCCCCUAAGACUAGGGGUCCAGAUUUCCAAAAUUCAAUGAACUCAAACAUAACCUUCUUUAAAAUUAAUAAUCAUCCUUUUAACCCUUUAUUUAGUGUGUAUGUGUUCUAUGUAUGGUAUGUACAUAUUUGUCAGAGUAGGUAUGUGUGGGUGUGCAUGUUCUAUGUACGAUGUCUAUGUAUUUGUUAAAGUAGGUAUGCACGUGUGCAUGUAUGUGGAUGUGUGUGUUCUAUGUAUGGUGUGUCCAAAUUUGUCAAAGUAGGUAAAUGUGUUUUUGUGUGUGUGUACACAUGUGUGUGUGCUGUUUUCUGUCUACAGUGUACAUAUUUGUCAGAGUAGGUAUGCAUGUGUAUAUUAUAGUGUGUGUUCUACAUACAGUGUGUAGAUAUUUGUCAGAGUAGGAAUAUGUGUGUGCAUGUGUGUGUGUGCAUAUGUUCAUUUGAAUUUGCAUGUUCUAUGUAUGGUGUGUAUGUAUUUGUCAGAAUAGGCAUGUGUGUUCAUGUGUGUGCACAUAUUCAUGUGUGUGUGUUCUAUGUAUGGUAUAUAGGCAUUUUUCAGAGUAGGUAUGUGUGUGUACAUGUUCUAUAUAUGAUGUCAAUGUACUUAUUAGAGUAGGUAUGCAUGUGUGCAUGUGUGUGCUCUAUGUAUAGUGUGUACAUAUUUAUCAGGGUAGGUAAAUGUGUUUGCAUGUGUGUGUACAUAUGUGUGUAUGUUCAGUGUUCUAUCUACAGUGUGUACAUAUUUGCCAGAGUAGGUAUGUGUGUGUGAGUAUGUGUGUGUGUGCAUGUAAGUGUAUGUCACUGUGUGUUUGUGUGUGUAGGUCAGAGGUAUGUGUCAUGUCUUUCUUCAAUCAUUCUUUUCUUUUAUUUUUUGAGCCAGGAUCUCUCAGAGAGCCUGAGAACUAAAUUAAAGUCAUUAAAUUGAUUCAAUCUCAUCAAUUUAGCUAGGCUGGCUGGCAAAUGAGCUUGUCAUCUCUGCUCCCAACCUCCUGCCACUACCGGAGCCAGAAGAACAUGUCAUAUGCCUGACGAUUUACAUGAAUGCUGGAGCUUCAAACUCAUGUCCUCAUAUAUGCAUAGCAAGUGCAGGCUGAGCCUUAAGUACAAUGCACUUUCUCCAGCCCCAUUUUGUCUCCUUAAAGACACAUGGCACAGCUUGAAAAAUACUCACGUUUAGACCUUUGGGAGGCAGGAAAUCAAGCAAACCUUCAUGUCAACGUUUGGUUUAUUCAAAUGCAAUUUCUCAAGGCCUGGUGAAGUUGUCCUUUCUCUAUUUCUUUGAUAACCUCAGCAGGUAAAAUUUUGACUCUCAGAAGUUCCCUCAGGGAAAGAAAAGUAGAUUUAAGUAUGCCAAUAAUCUGUAGGCAAUGUCAAAAGGAAUGUGUGAUAUCAGAGCUACGAAGAACCAGAGUCAGCUUGCAGCAUGGUAUUCCGAUUGCUCCAGCAUGAUCUUUGUAACUCUCAUCGACAUGGUCUUCUCACUGCAUAAAACAAAGUUUCAAAGAUAUUUAAAAUUAUAUGUUUGUUUGCAAUUUACUGAAUAUCUGUGGUAGCUGCUAAGUACAACUUAUUUUUAAUCAUAUUCAAUUCGGCUAAAACACAUACCAUAUAUAAAGUUCUAGUCAUGACCAAUACUAUUAACUUCCUCCAGCGAGAUGAUAUAACUACAUAUUAUAGGUAAACCACUCACUAUUGGAAGUAUAAAUAUGCAUGCAU